GCAUUUCCGCCCGGGCCGAGCGAGGAGAAGGCUCCGAAGCGGGAGACACCGAUCGGCCACGGGCAGGCUCUGCCCCGGCCUGGGGGAUGCUCUAGGGCAGCAAAGGCAGCGCAGGGAGGGAGCAGCCCUGCCCCAGAGGUGCUGACAUCUUAAGUUGCUGCUCUUGGGCAUUCAUGGGACGCAGCUGAAACCAGGCUGAACAGGAGCAGCAGCACUCGUCCCAGGACUUGGCUGGUCAUCCAGAGCCUGCUGCUCCACUCCACCCUCAGCUCUCCAGCUGUCCCUGGCACCUCACAGGGCACUACCAAGGCAUGGAGGGGCUGUGGGCACAUGGUGUCCUGCUGCUCUGCCUGCUGCUGUCCUGCCCUGUGGGGAGCCAGACUGGACCCCACCCCAACCAGCAGCGGUGGACAGAUGCUGAAGAGGCCCCGUCUCAGCACCAUGCUGCCAGGGCCACAUGGGAGCAGAAGGCUGAUGGUGCCCAGGAGGGGCUGCCCCCACAGCCCCGCUGUGUCCGCUGCUGCCCCCCGCCCGACCAGUACCAGCCUCUGCCUCAGAUCAACAUGACCAUCCUGAAAGGGGAGAAGGGGGACCGUGGCGAGCGCGGCAUCCAGGGCAAGUUUGGCAAGACAGGGGUGGCCGGCAGCAGGGGCCACGCGGGGCCCAAGGGACAGAAGGGCAGCGUGGGAGCCCCGGGGGAGCGCUGCAAGAACCACUACGCCGCCUUCUCAGUGGGCCGCAAGAAACCCCUGCACAGCAAUGACUACUACCAGACCCUCAUCUUCGACACGGAGUUUGUCAACCUCUACAGCCACUUCAACAUGUUCACGGGCAAGUUUUACUGCUAUGUCCCUGGGAUCUACUACUUCAGCCUCAAUGUGCACACCUGGAACCAGAAGGAGACAUACCUGCACAUCAUGCACAAUGGGGCAGAGGUGGUGAUCCUCUACGCCCAGGUGAGUGACCGCAGCAUCAUGCAGAGCCAGAGUGUCAUGCUGGAGUUGCAGGAGCAGGACGAGGUCUGGGUGCGGCUCUACAAGGGCGAGCGUGAGAAUGCCAUCUUCAGCGAUGAGUAUGACACUUACAUCACCUUCACUGGCCACCUCAUCAAGUACAGUGGAGACCCCUGAACACCAGGCCCCCACUGCCCCCACUCCUCGUACACUGGGCCGGGUGGCCGAGGAGCCCCUGUGCCCUCUCAUCCUGGGCAUGCCACCCCCAUUAUGCUGUUAUCCACCCACCCUACUGCCACUACCCUCAGCAGCUGCCUCAGUAUGUGAAUUCCCCCACUCCAGCUUCUUGAGACCGAUCAGACACACCUGGAGGAGUUGGAGCCAUUUCCAGCCCCUGCCACAUUUGUGACUGGGAAGCAGUUGCUCACCUGGGGUGGGCAGGGAGCUCCCUCCCUGCCCCCUACACCUGCUCCAUAGCUGGGUUUGCUGGGCACAGCCCACUGUGGCCCCGGCUGAGCUGGUGGCACCAGGGGAACAGUGUGACUGCUCGUGUCCUGGUGCAAGCCAGCUCAGGCACGUGCACCGUGUUCCUCCUCCAUGCACCAUGCUGUGUUCCCUGCCUCGAAUGGGCAGAAGGUGCUCAGCGCCAUCAGGGAAGGCAAUAAACCACUAAGGGCCCCCUUUCCUUCUGCAGAGCUGGGGGCCAGUGGGGCGGGCGUUGCAGCAUACCUGUGAUGGGAACAGAUUGUGUCAGUUCCCUCUGUGGGUCCCUCACUGCUCACCACAGCCUCUACUUGGGAGGGGCUGGCUCCCCACCGGCAGCCCUGAGCACAGAGCCUUCAGCCUCAGCCACUUCCUCUUCCGCUGGAUUAUCUGCUGGCCAGGCUUCUUGUUAGUGUAGAUGCUGCAACGGUGUGGGGCAGCAUUCUGACCUCCCUGUAUAGCUCGUGCUACAUUAAACACCCCACGU